AAUUAAUCUAGCCAUAUAGUAAAUUGUUACAUUACACCUUCAAUUAAUCUAGCCAUAUACUAUGGCAAUGAUUGGUGAUAGUGACAACAUAUUACUCAACAUUUCACCCGAUGAAGUAAAUGAUUUUCUAGGUGAGUAUACAUGGGAAGGUAAAUGGGAAAAUGUUAUAAUGAUUUAUUAUGCAUUUCCAGAACAAGCCCACAAAGCAAUUAUCUCUGAUUCAGCUGGCACUGCAUUGCAUGUAGCCAUUGAUUUAGACGAAGAAAUUGUUGUUAAAGAGCUUGUGAAUGCAAUUUUAACACAUAAUGUGGAAGUUAGUGAUGAAAGAGUUGAAGCAUUGGAAAUGGAGAAUGAACGUGGAGACACACCAUUGCAUUUUGCAGCAUCAAGAGGUUUUGCAAGAAUAUGUAAGUGUAUUAUUGGGAUUAACAAUGAGAGGAUAUAUUUGUUGAGUCGUAAAAAUAAGCAUGGUGAGACACCUCUUUUUCAAGCUGCUAUUAAUUGGAGAAAACAAACAUUUGCUUAUCUUGCUCAUAUUUCCAAAGAGAUAGUCACUUUGCAAGAUCUUGUAAGAGAAGAUGGUGACAGUAUUCUUCAUACCGCGAUUCGAGGAGAAUAUUUUGAUUUGGCUGUGAUAGUAGUACAUUACUAUGAUUUCCUAAGCACACAUCUGAACAAAGAAGAAUCAACUCCUCUCAAAGUCCUUGCCACUAGACCUUCAGCCUUCAAAAGUGCAAGCAACCUUUCAUGGUAUAAGCGAAUCCUAUACCACUGCAUACUCGUGGAACCACUGGAUCAUGAAAAAACAAUGAGAUCAAAUUUGAGAAAGAUGGAGGCUGGUUCAGAUUCUAACAAGAUGAAGUUACCAGAUAACUAUACCACUUUAUAUUAUUUCUUCUCUAUAGGGUUGAUGGCCACUCUAUUCGGAAAAAAGGUCUCAAAAAAGAAACAGCAUGAUACAGAAGAUCCAUCAAACGAUACAGAGAAAUAUCCGGUUGGAUUUUUGCCACCAAAUUAUGAAACCUUUCAUCAAUUUGUCAAGUCUGCAUAUGUACAUACUCUUGGCCUUUCAGGAGUAGAGUUAAAGGAUGUAAAGAUUGCAAAGAAGAAGCACCUAUGGAGUAGUCAGCUGUUGAAGGCAUUGAUGAAAAGACCUUAUGCAGCAUUCACGGGAAGUGGUGGUCGACCUUCUGAUAGGGAAAUUGAUUCUGACAUGUAUAAUGUUUUUCCCCAAUGGAAACAAGGUGCCAGUAGGUUUGAAGAAGAACAAGAACAAGAACCAGAGCAAGAUGUCGUAAAGGAAAUAACAUCAAGUCCAAAUGAAAUAAAGAAGGAAAAUGAAAAGGAAAUCAAGAAAAAGAUGACACCAUUUUUGGUUGCAGCAAAAAAUGGAAUAGUUGAAAUGGUUAACGAAAUUCUAAUAAAAGUACCAAGUGCCAUUCAUAACACUACCUCAAGAAAAGAAAAUGUAUUGCUUGUUGCAGUCAAAUACAGGCAACCUCUUAUUGUUGAGACCUUGAGAAUGAUUAAGCAUUCAAAACCAGAACUUUGGAAUAAUUUGAUUCUUGCAAUGGAUGAGGAUGAGAAUACAGUAUUGCAUUUGGCAGCCGAGGCAUUAGGUGGUGAUAAACCUUGGCAGAUUGCUGGUUCUGCCUUGCAAAUGAUGUGGGAUAUAAAAUGGUUUCAGUACAUCAAAAGCCUUGUGCCACAACACUUCAUUUUCAGAAACAACAGCAGUGGCAAAACAUCAAGAGAAAUUUUCAAGAAAACACACAAAGGUCUUAUAAAAGACAGUAGCGAAUGGCUAAAAGACACAUCGGAAUCCUGCUCUGUUGUAUCUGCCCUUGUAGCUGGUGUUUCCUUUGCCACAGCAAGCGCUGUACCUGGCGGCACAACUGAUCAAGGUAGACCGGUAUUAGAAGGCAAGCCUGCAUUCGAUGUCUUUGCCAUUUCUUCACUUAUCGGUCUCUGCUUCUCCGUAACCGGACUCAUCAUGUUUCUUUCUAUUCUCACUUCUAGAAAACAAGCCAAAGAUUUUCGUCGCGAUUUGCCAUUGAAACUUCUUCUUGGGUUAAGUUCUCUUUUUGUGUCCAUUGCUUCAAUGUUUGUUUCAUUCUGCACUGGACAUUUUUUUCUGCUUAGCCAUAAUUUUAAGUCGGUUUUGUUCCCAAUUUACGCAGCAACUUGUUUGCCUGUGACUUUCUAUGCCGUUGCACAAUUUCCUCUUUACUUUGAUCUUAUUACGGCUAUUUUAACCAAGGUUCCAAUGGCAACCGAUAAAGGUGACAAUUUAUAAUUAAGUGCUUCCAUAUUGUGGUGUUGGAUAGAUUCAUAUGUAAUAUGUAAAGCUUUUGAUUUGAUAUUUUUUUCUUCUUGUGAUGGUUAUGUUUGUGUGGUCAUGGUUGUGUUGAAGUUGAGAAAUUUUUGUAUAAUUUCGAGAAUAAGUUUUGAUUGAAAUUUUUGUAUAAUAUAUUAUUUUUGUGUGUUUAAAGUGUAAUGCAUUUGUUACCGAGAGAUUGUAAUUGAUUUAA